GCAGCAGCCGCCGCAGCCGGAGGAGGAGCCGCCGGCCCGGGCCCUGUGCGGGGCACCACCGAGUUGCAAGGCCUUACAAUGGCACAGAAUGAGCACUGCGUUCAAGCCUCCUUCCUGUAAAUGAUAGGACCAAACAAGGCGGUGUGAUGAACAUGCCACUGCAUCAAAUCUCUGUCAUUCCAGCUCAGGAUGUUACCUCUUCCAGAGCCUCCAGGAGCAAGACCAAAGAAAAAGAGGAACAGAACGAGAAGGCUUUGGGGCAUUCCGUGAGCCGCUCCAGUAACAUCUCAAAGGCUGGAAGUCCAACCUCUGUCUCUGCCCCUCAUAGCUUCUCUCGGACUUCUGUCACACCAUCCACCCAGGACAUCUGCAGUUCCAGUGCAGUGUUUUCUGAGUGUUGUCAUCACAGUCCAGUGCAGUCUGCUGUUGUCUUGAAAAAUCCGCACUGCCAGAGCCCUCUGACACAAGGGGUCACUGUGACAGUAAUCUGUCAGGACACGGUACAUGCAGCAAAGAGAAACUCCCGUGGGCAGGAUCGGGGCCAGGCACUCAGGUCUGCUAAGAAUGUAAAGCCCACCCGCACCCUGAAAUUCUCCAAGUCCCUCAAUGACGUGGACCAGAAGGCGCAGAGCACCAGCGAGUGCUUUGAUUAUGUGGAGCGGACACGCUCAGAAGGCAAACUGACCCUGAACCAAGAGCAGUGUUUAAGGAUUAACAAAUUUCAUCUUAAAGAGAGGAAACCGCUGAAUCUCAGGCCUCUUUCUUUUAGCAAUUCUAAGCACUCCUAUAUCCCUUCCCUUUCCAACUACUCAAGUGCAUCGGGAGGAGCAGAGAACCACAGCGCUGUGCAUAUCCCCCUGCUGGAGGACAAGGUGGACCAUGACUCCUCAAGGAGCAAAAAACUGUUGCGUUACCUUUUUUCCUUCUCCCACACCUCCAGCAUCAGCAGCCUGCAUAAAUUUCACGAACUGGAGAGCUAUUCCAGUCACUUCCAAGCUGACAAAUCCUCCAGCAUGCUGGUGGAAAGCACAGACUUCUGCUCUGAUGAUAUGGGAGAUGAUGACGUCUUUGAGGACAGCACCUCAGUGAAACUCAAACCAAAAGAGCAGCGGGCACCGCUCUGUUCAGUUGAGAAGGACAGUGACCUUGACUGCCCUUCCCCUCUCUCAGAAAAGUUACCCCCUCUGUCCCCUGUGUCCACAUCGGGGGAUACCUGCAGGAUCUGUCACUGUGAAGGAGAUGAUGAGAGCCCUUUGAUUACGCCCUGCCACUGUACGGGCAGUCUCCACUUUGUGCACCAGGCCUGCCUGCAGCAGUGGAUCAAGAGCUCGGACACGCGGUGCUGUGAGCUGUGCAAGUAUGAGUUCAUCAUGGAGACAAAGCUGAAGCCUUUGAGGAAGUGGGAGAAGCUGCAGAUGACAGCCAGCGAGAGGAGGAAGAUCAUGUGCUCUGUAACAUUCCAUAUCAUUGCCAUCACCUGCGUUGUGUGGUCUCUCUAUGUCCUGAUAGACAGGACUGCUGAAGAGAUUAAACAGGGACAAACUACCGGUAUUCUAGAGUGGCCAUUUUGGACUAAGCUGGUAGUUGUGGCUAUUGGUUUCACUGGAGGACUUCUGUUCAUGUAUGUACAAUGCAAGGUGUACGUACAGCUGUGGAAGAGACUUAAAGCUUAUAACCGAGUAAUAUAUGUACAAAACUGUCCAGAAACUAGCAAAAAGAAUAUUUUUGAAAAACCUGCACUAAUGGAGCCAAACUUUGAAAGUAAAGAAAUGUUUGGGGUUCACCAUUCAGACACAAACUCUUCACAUUACACAGAGCCAGAAGACUGUGCUGCAGAAAUCCUUCAUGUCUGAUUGCUAGCUGGAAGGGGUAUUUCCAUAUGUCCUUGAAGAUUUGAAUAUCAUUGUUUACUGCAAACUGCUCUACCUUUUUAACAUCAGCAAACAGCUGAGAGCUGAGGGCUGGCGGAUGAAUUUUUUACUUUUUUUUUUUGUUGGAAUUUUUAAAAAUCCCUUAGGCAUAUCUGUCAAUGUCAUCAUGGUUGCAUACCUCUCAACAUUUUGUGUCUCAUACUGGCUGAUCAAAGAGCCAGAGGAUGAGGUAUUCACAGGGUAGAAUGAGCCUUGGGUUUGGUACCAAGGAAGCCGCUAGCGAGCUGUCACCAACUUCAUGGAGUCUGUUACUUUAGAAGAUGAUUCUGAAGGGAUUCUGGAGGAUGUGUAUUGUGGGGUUGGUUGGUCUGUUCUUUAUGUGUGAUGAAGGAGGUUGUCCCAGACAGUGAGAGAAAUGAGAGGGAGUCUAAUCUACCACUAACACUGCCACUAACAUUGUGUCUCAAGCAGCAGGUGUAAAAUUUUGCUUUACAUAUUGCGAUGAGACUUACAAAGCAUAUAGCACUUUUAAAAAUCUUUAUUUUGUGAUAUGUAUGUCAAAUGAGAAUGAAACUUGAAAGAAUGUGUCAUUUUUGAAACAUUUCUUAAUUCUUUACCCCAUUUAUUCUUCUGAAACAUAAACCUCUUGCCUUAUGAAAAAAAAAUUAAAUUUCAGCCUGUGAUUUCCCACACACGCCCACGUUAUCUCACUAAACGUAACACUAAAAAAUUCUGCCUCUUUGGGAUUACUUUGAGGAGCAAUUUUCUUCAAAGGAUAUUGCACUUGUGACUUGUGUAUGAGGAGUAGUGGAUGUGUACAAUGUUUGUUUUCAGUGGUUUCAGUGUUCUGUUUUGGGGAUUGGUUUUGAUUUUUUUUUCCCCAACAGGUCAGACCAUCAACAUACCUGCUCAUAUAUACCUGAAGUAGCUUUCAUUCCAAACCAUUGGCAAAGGGUUUGUUGCUAUAUUGGUAUUGAUAAAAAUGUGAACUGUUACAGAAAAAAGGAAACUUAGUCAAUACAGCUGAAACUGGUUUUCUUUCUUUAAUGCUGUGUCAUGUGUGAAUUACCCAAGAAUAUGAUGUCAGAGGAGAUGCUGACAUACAAGUCUACGAAGUAAAAAUCGCAUUAAGUGGCUAAAUUUAGAAAUACCUGCUUGAUGUGAUGCACUGUGUGGUCAGAGAAUAGUAUAUAUCUGUGCUUUUGAAUUUGGGACUGGCUUUUUAAUCAGUCAGCUUUCAUGCAAAGAGAGGGACAGCUUUAAAAUCUGUUUGCAAGGCUUUUAGUUGCCCAAAGCCUGGGGUGUCUGCAGUUGAUUUGUUUGUCCAGUCUGUUUCACUGCACCACUGUCCAGCUUUAAGCCCUCAUUUAACCAAAGUCUCAGUGUGACUAGAGCAGAAACAAAGCCCCAUGAAAAGUCAGCACGUGAGGCCUCUGCAUUUGAAAGCUGACUUUCCCUACUUGAGCCCUGUCUACAUCUCUGUCAAGUCAAUGAUGAUAAUAUGGCUGGUUUUAGUAGGAGUUGCCUGGACUUCUCAGGUAAAAGUUUCUGUUUACUUGUUGAGAUAGUGAACUAAAUUCUUAGCUCUAGUUCAAGUUUCACUUAGUAUUUUUUGAAGUACAACUUUGGGUACAUUUUUUCAUAGUAAAAGCAGCUGCUUUAAGACUUCUUAAAAUAUAACAGUAAGAGAUCAGGGAUUUUUUCCUUAAAAUGUAAUAUUAAUUUAUUUCUAAAUCAAUAUUUUAAUAGAAGGCAGAGAAGGGACUCUGGUAAGAGAACACUCAUCCCAGUGGUUUCUAGAAGCUGUUAGAGGAAAAGCACAUGUGCCUCUGUCACUUCAUGCUUGAAGCUUACUGUCUGUGAUCUCCAUGAACAACAUGGUACCUUGUUCUUGAGAUGUGUUAAAACAUCCAGACCUCUGGGCAGUCCUGGUAAAGCUGCACUGGCAUGGAUUUGUGUACUGUACUAGCUGUCAGGAUGUCCCACGCUUAAGUGAUACAGGCAGACAAACGCUGCAUACCCUGCUAGUAUCAGGGCAGUCUUUGUGACCAUACACAUGCAGAGUUUGUUGCCUGUGCCUGCCAUAAUUCAAAGUGCAAUUACUCAAGACCUUUCCUGAACUCUGCUGUAGGUGAUCCUCUUCUAUUUUGAGAACCCAGAUAAUACACUGUCUCGUUUUGUUUUCUGUUCUGUUCUGUGAAAGAUUCACUAGAUAAACUCACGUGGGUUAAGUAUCUGGUCUUGCACACCUUCAUGAUGUCCUUCAGAAAUGCCCAGGUGCACAGGCCUGGCUGUCUGUGAGAUGCUCACGUUACAGCUGCGAGAGGCACAGGCUCAGCUGCCAAGCGAUGCUGCGCGUGUGCUCACCCCGUGUGCGGCCGGCGGAGAAAGGAAGAUGGACAAGUCCUGGAUGAAACCUGGCUGUUCCCAGCUCACCUGAGCAGCUCUGCUGUGAGCAGUGUUCUGGCAUGGCUGAUACAAUGAAGAUGGACAAGUCCUGGAUGAAACCUGGCUGUUCCCAGCUCACCUGAGCAGCUCUGCUGUGGGCAGUGUUCUGGCAUGGCUGAUACAAUGAAGAUGGACAAGUCCUGGAUGAAACCUGGCUGUUCCCAGCUCACCUAAGCAGCUCUGGUGUGAGCAAUGUUCUGGCAUGGCCGAUUCAGCCCACCACAACUUGCUGGUUCUGCUUCAGCCACUGUUGUACAUAAUUCUAGGUGAAACAUGGCAAAAUCUCAUUCAGUGUUUUGGAAGCUGCAUGUGGAGUGUGCCAGGUGUUGUUCAGUGUAUUCAGGGUACUGAAGGUUUUUGCUGUGCCCCUGAGUAUCUCAACUUGUGAAGAAAAAUCAUCUCCAGCAAAAUCACUUGGGGAAAAAUACUUGUGAAUGAAAAUUUUUUAGCCAGUGUUGCUGCUAACAACUCCCUCUCUCAACAGAUCUUUUUGGAAUGAAAAUUAAGACAAAUUAUUUAAACUUUUUAUAUGGCUUAGGAAUGCUCAUACCAGGAAAGGCUGCAGAAGAGAUCCAUCUGUUGGGGGUUUCAUUUAUGCUGGUGACACUUCUCAUGUUGAUUCUUCCUUGGUGUUAAUGUUGGGCUUCUGGAGAUGUAGUUCUCUGCUUCUGCAUGGUGCCAUGAAAUGUUUGAGAAGGCUGAAUGGUGCUUUUUUCUUCUUUCUCCUCAAGAAAAUACUAUUGACUUUUUUCAGCUUCCAGCUGUGAGGCACUGAUGCCAGCUCAGGUGAGCUCUGCCCUUUCCAUUCAGAUGUCAGUAAGGGGAACAAUCACCCCCUGUUAGAUCAGGCUUUCCAGUACUUCCUUCUGGCAGCUUUUGAAAUGACUGAAAUAGAAGCCUGGUCCUUGUACCUUGGCCAAAGUUAGCUUGGGUUACUGUGAGACUUUCCUGAGACCAGAACUUAAGUAGGAGGGAGCAGAGGCUUAAUGCCAUGUACUAUAGUCCCUUCCCUAGGUUGCCAGAGCCUGUGCUGAUAUGUUCAAUGCCCCAGAUAACUGACCCCAUUCUAUUGACGGCACUCCUGUCCAAAAAGACACCAUCUGGGCCAAGGAAAUUCCCCUGCUGUGUCACAUUUGAAUCUGCCAGGUCAUGAGCUUGCAUGAUGUUAGAAAUACACGUGUGUGCUGCAGAGGGUUGAUCCUGUGUAAGAGCUGAUGAGAUACUAAAUUCCUGUGGAUUCUCAGGACUUUUUUCAACUGUAAGCCUGUGUUUUGGGAGUGAGGGUGGUGUUUAAAAUGUGCUCUGAAGAGAUGGCCAGACCCUGGGACAGCUCCCUCUGGUUGAGUGUCACUGAGAUUGGCUUUGCUUCAGCAAGGAGGCAUUCAGUGAAGACUGAAUGAGCCUGUGAAGGGUUAGAGAAGAGCUGGGCCUCUAUGCUCUACCUGGGAGUUGCUGGCAAGCAGUCAUAACUCUGUUCAAGCCAAGCCUCCGUACUGAUAGAGCACGCGGCCCACUUGGUGCUGUAAGGAAGGGGGCUGCUUGGCCUGCCACUUCAUGGUGGGAAACCUUGGAAGUGAUGCACGGAUGUCACCGUGCACAGGAGCUGGUUGCUUCUGCCCUGUGUGUGGCAGAAUGUGUAUCUAUUGCAAAGUAGGAACCAGGUCCACAUUUCUCCUAAAGCUGGUGUGUGUUAAGAUACAGAUUUCUGGUGUGGUCUGCUCUGGAGACUGGCCAGCAAUGAAAGGGGGGAGGUCAGUGACUCUGGGUCGGGUCCCUCUCAGAUAUGGGUCAAAAAGGGUAAAUACAAAAGCAAGGAUAUUGCUGGCUGGAUUUCCUUAGUGUUGUAUUAGAUACACUAAGAAAAUUUCUAGGUGGGACCUUUUAUUUUGUGAUUAUUUUUUAGUUUUGAGAUAUUGCGGUGUCUGUAAAUUCCAAUGAAGUACUGAAAGCAUUUGUCUUUGUAUAGAAGAUAACUGUUAAAAAAAAUUGCAGCUAAUCUUGUAUUUAGGUAAAACAUUUGUAGAUAGGUGAUUGUAUAAUGUUGAAGAACUUUACACUGGCAUGUGUUGUAUAACGUUUAUACAAGACACUUCAUACUUCGGCAGAAUUUUUUAGUUAUUAAAUUUCUAGUAACUUAAUGUAUAGUUUUGUAUCCUUUCAUGUAUGUUCGUUUUCUCAGUAUUACCACUUGCAGAAUUAUUUUUAGUUUCUUAAACUGUAAUUGGUUAUUUGUGUGUGAUACACAGGGUUAUUGACUGCAGCAAUAAAGUGUUUCUAUAAAAAAAAAGAAAAACCCAAA